GAGAAGCAGCAGCUGCAUCGGUUUGCAGCCGAGGGAGGACAAGGAAUAGCUCGAUCCAACACGCCUCUUUCUGUGUUUUGGGGCUUGGAUUGCCCCUCUCGAUCUCGCCCAAGUGUCGCCUGUGGUCGCCGGGAGUUGUGCUUUGGAUUGUUCCUCCCUUUUGCCUCUUUCACUCCUCCCUUGUCCUCUCCUUGCUCUGGUCUCCCCUGCGCAUCAUUGCGUGUCCCAGCAUCGGCCAAAGACAAGGUAAGGCUGCUGCUGCUGCCAUUUCUCUCAUCGAUGGAGACGACCGUAUCUCCGUCUGCUUCUCUGCUGCAGAACCAGCUGGACGCUUCCAACUUCGAUGAGCUCUCUAUGGAUCAAAGCCUGCUCUUCUCGGAUAGCCUAAAGGAAUUGAAGAAUCUGAGGUCCCAAUUGUACUCUGCGGCAGAGUACUUUGAAUUAUCGUAUGCCACUGACGACCACAAACAGUUCGUCGUCAACACCUUGAGAGAGUACGCCAUCAAGGCCGUGGUCAACACGGUGGACCAUCUCGGAUCGGUGUCGUUCAAGGUGACCGGUCUCCUCGAAGCCAAGGUCGACGAGGUCUCCGGAGCGGAGUCUCGAGUCUCCUGUAUCGAACAGAGGAUUCGAGCCUGCCGAGAACUCGUGGACCGCGAAGGGCUGUCGCAACAGUCGCUGGUGAUCAAAGCUCCACGGUACCAUAAACGCUACAUCGUACCGGGCAAGUUAAUCUCUCUUGGUGUGUUCGUCGAUACAGAUGUGAUCGUCUCUGAUGCUUCUUCUUCGGUUGGUUGCUCAGUAGGUAAAUCGAUGCCGGAAUCAGGACGACAUGCAACGCCAAAGUACGAGAAGAACCUGAAUGCAUCCAAGGAUAACACCGAGACACACAAAUUUCAACCUGUUCAUCAUCCCACGGUGGCGGACAAGGCACCUUCAUUCAGGAAAGCACGAACCAUGUCGCCUGCUCCUUCCUCGAGAGCACGCUCCGUGUCUCCUCGAAGAAUUCCUUCCUCGUCGCCUUCACAAUUACCUGGAAAGCUUUUCGGUGCAGAAAAAAGAGCAACAUCACCGAUUCGAAUGCCGAAUCCACUUGCCCGAUCCGGAUCACUUGCGGUGCGGCCGACUGCGCUCAGGUCAACAUCGAGUAUCGGGCGGCAGUAUUCUUCGGCAACUCAGAAAUCGGCGUCGAUGCGCUUGCAUGCCGAGAGAAACGACGACAAGGAUGGGGAGCAGAACCCGAGCAAAGGCAAGAAGUUCCUCAAGUCCCUGCUCAGUAGGCGCAAAUCGAAGAAAGAUGAGAUGGUUUAUAGUUAUUUGGAUGAGUACUGAGAGAUGCUUGAGACCUCAGAGAAGCUCAGUUGGCAUACCUCUACCUGAAAUGUUGUUCAAUGCUUUUGUUUUCAGUUUCUGUUCAUUAACCACACAAAGAGCCGCAUGGAGUAUCGCAAUAUAUAGAUAGGCUGGCAGACAGGCAGGCAAAGGAGCAGCGAACGAUGGUUCCUUUGUUUGCCUUGGCUUGUUACUGUUUCUUGUACUUCCCACUUGUAUCUUUGGAUAAGUAGAAAGUUGAGUUUUGUAGAGAAAGAGGAGUUUGUCAUCCUAUUGUUGUGUAUCAGUUUUCAUAGUUUGAAGAUCAACUUGAUGCAAAUUGAGAGCUGAUUUCUUCAGGUAA